AGUGCGCGGCUGCGUCACACACGUUGUCUUCUUCUUCAUCUCUGGAACAAAGUUUUGUUUUAGUUUUUUUUGUUUUUGUUUUUGUUUUUCGGCCCCAAGUGACGUUGAUUGUUCGACUGAUCAUUACUCGCUCCUAUCCACAACUGGAGAUUCCUUGCCAACCAUGCUGAACGUCAAGUUACUCCUGGCAGUCGCGUUGUGCGCGACAGCCGCUCUGGCAGCACCCCAGCGUCACGGGGGCGGCGGUGGAGCCGACAAGGACGCGGUCAUCACCUCACAGCAGCUGGAAGUCAACUUUGAUGGUACCUACGUCAACAACUUCGAGACGAGCAACGGCAUCAGUCACCAAGAGUCAGGUGCUCCCAAAGCGGCAGGCCAGGAAGGUCCGUCCGUGUCAUCGCAGGGCGCCACGUCGUACACAGCGCCAAACGGGGAGGUCGUCAGCAUCCAGUUCGUAGCUGACGAAAAUGGCUACGUUGCCCAAGGAUCCCACAUCCCAACGGCUCCACCAAUUCCCCCAGAAAUUCUCAAGGCCCUGGAAUACAACGCUGCACAUCCAGAGGAAGACUCGAUUGACUCCGGCCCACCCGGCAGGCCUGCUCCACGAGGUUAAUCGUCCACAGUGCCGAGCCAAGGGUCUGUCGUAGAGAAGGGACAGAUCGGGACAUCCGAUACGACGGUGAAGAUGCAUCAGCUUUGCUAUUCCAUCCGGAAGCGACGAAUGAAAAUACAGCAGUGCAACGCUCAAGAAUUCCUAUCAAUCCCUAUAAACUACCUCCCAUUUUUUUUCAUACAAGUGUAUUAACGAUCUGUUAUCCACCCCACAUCAAUUGUAUCGACACAUGCAUUAUUACCCGUAUCCACGCGUGCGUACGUCAUCUUUGCAGAGCAAUUACAAAAAAAAGCUAUAAAAACAAAAAAAAAACAAAAAAAAAAAGAUAAAAUGUAAUGUACGCACGCAUCACGACGCACAAUGUACAAUUAAUAUUAAGUUAAAAACAAAAAACAAAAAAACAAAUCGAGUCGUCACAAGUGGCACGUAACUAUCGCUUGCAUCAUACCUUUUUAUACAUACCUAUAUAUCUUUAUGCAAGAAAAGCAUCUACGUAUGGAAAAAUGCACUUUGAUAACCAUAUACAAGCCUACACGAUACAAAUAUAAAAAGCAUAUGUGCAUGGUCCUUUAAAGAAUACUCACCGAUCGUGUGACGCGCGCGAAUCGAUUGUCGCCAUGCUUCUUCUUCUUCUUCUUUGUGUCGCUUUAUUGUCUUCUUAUUUUGGAUAUCCCAGCUAUUUCAAGUCAAUGUACGAUUGUUCAUCCUCAAAAAUGGAUGAAUAUGAGUUUAUUGAGAAGAAAAAAUUUUUUAUAAAAAAAAAAAAACAACUGCAAUUAGCCGUUUACAUAUUUACGACAUGGAGAAUACUUCAUUAUAUACAAAUAUAUCAUGUCGUUAUAUACUAUUUACUUUCUUUCUUACUGUAUACACGUUGUAAUAACGCAUUCAAACAGUAAUGUACGAAUGUAUACACCCUAUUAUCCUUGUGAUUUUUUUUUAUAUGUGUAAAUAAAAAGUUCCGCCUAAA